AUGCGUCGUAUCAAUUCCAAGAAGCAGCGGAAGCGCGAGGCGCGGCAGGGGAAACGCCACCGCGGAAAAGCGAAGCAGCCGUGGGAGAACGAGGACGAGGACCCCGCGAACGUCGAGAACAUACAUGAAGAGCCCGCGGCGAAUGCCACGCGCGACGCCGGCGCCGCAGGCGGGGAGGAGCCGCAGACGGAGGAGCCCGCCGACGCCGAGGAAAAGCCGGCGCCGCAGCCCCGGUCCAAGUCGCAGCAGCGCAAGCUGCGCCAGGUCGAGGAGCGCAAGCGCAAGCGCGAGGAGCGCGAGAUCGUCGUGGCCGACAUCCAGCGCCACACCCUUGAUGAGGACAAGUUGAAGCUGCUGCGGUCCGUUGGGGCGCGGAGUGCGAAGGAAACGAAGCGCGAACGUGCGCGCCGGGCGCUGCUGAUGGAGCGCGCAGGUCUCCACGAGGAGGCCGAGCGGCUCGGGCUGUACCAGCGGCCGAAGCGGAGGCGGGCGGAGCCGUCGAGCGACGAGGGGGGCGGGAGUGGAGAGGAUGACGCAGCACAACAACGCGACACUGGCAGCGAAUCGGGUGGUUCUGAAGGGGGGCAGUCGGGCAGCGAGAGCGAGGACGGCGACGGCGUGCCGCCGACGGGGAUCGGCGUGCUUGCGCCGAAGGCGGCCGACGCGGGCGCCAGCGAAAGCGGCGAUGAUAUCGAGGACGAUGGUGAGCCCGCGCUGGGCGCUGCGGCGCUGCGGAAGCGGCGGAAGGAGGCGACGCUGAAGGAGCUGGCGUCGGACGGGCUGUUGGACCGCACGGAGGGCGAAGAGGACGCGGCGGGGGUGUUUUCUGGAACACGCCUGGAGGACACCGGGGUGCCGGUGGACGACCCGAUCCUGGCGUUGACGCGCAACGUCGGCGUGGAGCGGACGGAGGAAGUGCAGCGCGUGCGCGAGGGCCUGCCGAUCGUCGCGAUGGAGGCGGAGGUCGUCGACGCGAUCCGCCGCCACGACGUCCUCAUCUUGUGCGGGGAGACGGGCUGCGGGAAAACGACGCAGGUCCCGCAGUUCCUCCACGAGGCCGGCUUCGGCUGCGGAGACUUCCCCGAGCGCCGCGGGCGCAUCGGCGUGACGCAGCCGCGGCGCGUGGCCGCCGUCAGCACCGCACAGCGCGUGGCAGAGGAGCUGGGCGGGCACGUCGGGGCGAGGAAGGGCGCGGUCGGGUACCAGAUCCGGCACGACCGGCGGGUCUCGGAGGACACGUCGGUGAAGUUCAUGACCGACGGGAUCCUGCUCCGGGAGAUACAGGACGACUUUCUGCUAGCUGCGUACAGCUGCGUGGUGGUGGACGAGGCGCACGAGCGCAGCCUGAACACGGACGUGCUGCUCGGGCUGCUGUCGCGAGUCGUGCGGCUGCGGCGGAGCAAGUGGGAGGCGACGCGCGAUCUCGCGGAAGGGAGCCCGGCGAAGGUGUAUCCGCUGCGUUUGGUCAUCAUGUCGGCGACGCUGCGUGCGGAGGACUUCACCAGCAACCGGCGCAUCUUCCGCACCCCGCCCCCGAUCCUCCACGUCCCCGCGCGGCAGUUCCCCGUCACCGUGCACUUCAGCCGCCGCACUGAGCUGCACGACUACGCCAGCGCGGCGUUCCGCAAGGUUUGCCGCAUCCACCGCGAGCUGCCGCACGGGGGCAUCCUGGUGUUCCUGACGGGGCAGCGCGAGGUCGAGCUACUGUGCCGGCGGCUCAGGAAGGCCUUUCCGGCGCGAACGGGGCGGCCGGAGCCCGCCGAGCCUCACGGGAGCGACGCAGAAGACGAGGUGGCGGGUGAGCAGUUUGGCGCUGAUGUGGGGGAGCGGGAGGGCGCGGGGGGCGUGGGCCGUGACGACGAGGUGGCCUUCGAGGGGGUGGACGACUUCGAGGUGGGCGAGGCGGACGAGGACGAGGAGGAGGUAGAAAUAUUGGGGGGGGGUGUGUUGGACGCGAAGGAGGUCGCGGAGGCCGAGGCGAGGAUGGACGAGGCGAUGGCGCGGCAGUUCCGCGGCGAAGGCGUCUUCAAGAACCUGCUCGGAGAGCGCGGCGCCGCGGACGAGGCGGCGGCCGCGGGCGGCGGCGACGAUGUCGGGUACGGCGCGGGGGCGUCUGCGUGGACCGCGGCGGGGUGGCUCGCGGACGAGGCAGCCAAGGGCUUCACCGGGCAGCUGAACGCGCAGGCCGGCACCGAGGUCGACGGCGCGGGCGGCGAUGACGAUGCGGGCGGGCACGGGCACUUGCACGUGCUGCCCCUCUACGCCAUGCUGCCGCAGCGGCGCCAGGCGGCGUGCUUCGAGCCGCCGCCGCCAGGGUCCCGGCUCGUCGUCGUCGCGACGAACGUCGCGGAGACGUCGCUGACCAUUCCGGGCAUCCGCUACGUGGUGGACGCGGGGCGCAGCAAGCAGAAGCUGCUGGAGCGCAGCGCGGGCCUGGCGCGGUACGACGUGCGGUGGGUCUCGAAAGCAUCGGCGCAGCAGCGCGCAGGGCGGGCCGGGCGGACGGGCCCGGGGCACUGCUACCGGUUGUACUCGAGUGCACACUUUGCCGACACGUUCCCGGAGCACACGCCGCCGGAGAUCGCGAACACUCCGCUCGAAGGCGUCGUCCUGAUGCUCAAGUCGAUGGGCGUGGAGAACGUCGCGAACUUUCCGUUCCCGACGCCCCCAGACGCCGACGCGCUCGGUGCGGCUGAGGCGUGCCUUCGAGCGCUCUCCGCCAUUGACGCGCGCCGUGGAACGCUCACCGCGCUCGGAAAAGCGAUGUCCGCGUUCCCCAUCAGCCCGCGGCACUCCCGCAUGCUCCUCGAGGCCGCGUCCGCGCGCACGGAGAGCGUGGACGCGCCCGGGACGCGCAGCACCGGCGCGGGCGAGGCGGUAGGGUUCAUGUCUGCUGACAACGCUGCGGAGGUGCUUCCAUUCGCGGUCAUGCUGGCGGCGGGCCUCAGCGUGGACACGCCCUUCCUGCACGUCGACAGCAUCCGCGCCGAGGACGACGACGCGUCGAGCGGCGACGAGGGCGACGCGAGCGGAGAGCAUGCUCGACGGAAGAAGGGGGUGUCCGCAGCGACCAAGGCGAAGCGUGCGCGGGCGCGCGAGGCGCAGGCAGCGUUCCGCUGUGGCAACAGCGACGCGCUGUCGGUGCUGCGGGCGCUGUGCGCGUACGAGCUGGGCGGGGAGUCGGACAGAUGGUGCAAGGAGCAUUUCAUGCACGGACGCAACCUGCGGGAGGCCGCCGCGCUGCACCGGCAGCUCGCGCGCUCCCUCACGGCCAGUGGAGGCUUCGUGCGGCGCGUGGGCGGGUCCGGCGCCGCCGCGCAGGCGUGGGCGGACGCUGCGCGGCGGGUGGCGGCAGCGGCGGCCUCGGCAACCGUCGCGGAGCCGCCGGCGGCGUGGGUCGAGGGCAGGCUGCGGCGGGCGAUCGCGGCGGGGUGGGCGGACCGCACAGGGCGCCGCGUGCGCACCGCGGAGUACCUUGCGCGCAUGCAGGAUGCGGCCGCGGAGGCGGCGGGGAGGCUCAAGGCGGUGCGGUACGACUCGUGUGCGAUGGGGGCGGAGGAGCACGUGUACUUGCACCCGAACUCGGUGCUGGCGCGACGGCCGCCGGCGUACGCGGUGUGUUUGGAGCUCGUGCGGGGCCCGAAGCGGGUGUACAUGGGGGGGGUGACGGCGAUCGAGCCCGAGUGGCUCCCGGCGGCAGCUCCGGCGCUGUGUCGCGUCUCGAAGCCGCUCGAGGACCCGGUCCCGUUCUACAGCCCCGAAAGGGACGAGGUGCUGGCGUGGCACGAUGUCGAGUUCGGUCCGCACAACUGGCAGCUCCCGCGGCACCCCGCGCGCCACCCGAGCCAGGACGCACGCUGCGCGGCCUUCGCGGUCGCGCUGCUGUCCGGCAAGGUCACCGCGGCCUUCACGGCGCUCUCGGGCUCCUUGGUGGCCAAGCCUGACGUCAUUCAGCGCCCGGAGAUGCAGGGUCACGUCAGGGUGGGGGAGUUGGUCGCCCGGCUGACCGCCGCAAAGGUGGACUCGCGGCGCGCCCUCGCGGCGGCCUGGAGCAAGGCUCCGCAGUUCCUGUUGCGCGAGAUUGCGCAGUGGGUGCCGAAAUCGCACGCCAGCGUGUUGGAGGGGUUGUGGCCGGCGGCGACGGCGACGUGCAUCCAGGAAGCCGCGGACGGAACGCGCCCUGGGAGCGCGCCGGGCGGCAAGUCCAAGGGCGCGAAGCGCGCGAUGGAGGUGGCGUCGCGCGGCGCGGCGUCAGCGCUGCUGGGGAACAAGGCGGUGCGACGCAUGGCGGCGGGGGCGCCGGCGGGGGGCAAGCCGGGCAAGGCGGGCGGGAGGUCGUUCAAGCUUUGA